AUUUGGAUGUGUCUGAAGUCUUGGAGCUUGACUUCCCUACGUUUCUCCUACAAAUGGGCCUUGAGCUUGUUUGGAGGUUCUAGCAGGGAGUGCAGCUACGCGUAUACCAACGAUGCUCGUCCGGGAAACUCGUCCUCUUCCACCGAGCGCGGGGCUUCGGGAGGGACGCACAUGGAGCGGUGAGGGAGGAAGGGGACACCCGCCUAGCCAGCCAGAUCAGCCGAAUCAACCCUAGCGAUCAAUGGGGUGACAGAUGUCGCAGCCAGAUCGCCCUCACAUCCGCAGUAGAAGAGUAGCUCGUCGGUUUAUAUACCGAGAAAGAGUCAUACGAUUUGCAGUUACGGGUUGUGCUGUUUUUGGAGUUCGUAUUUUAAAAUAUUGUGUGUUAUAACAUCUCCGGUAAGAUGGAAAGAGUCGAGAAUAUGUGAUUUGCCUUCUAAUAUGAUUGUUUCACAAUGCAUUUGUUAUUUUACCCAUGAUGCCUUGCAGACAUGCAAAUCUCCAACUCAACUCUCAUGUUGGUCACAUGACACAGUGCUUGAGGUUCACUUCUUCGUUAGAAGCGUUUCGUAACUUUGUUAAUUAACUUAUUCGGAGUUAACACAAAUGUUUUAUUUUAGUUUAUCUUUAUUUAACUAGGCAAGUCAGUAAAUAAUAAAUUCUUAAUUUCAAUGACGGUGGGCUAACUGCUUGUUCAGUGGCAGAACGACAGAUUUGUACCUUGUCAGCUCGGGAAUUCGAACUUGCAACUUUUCGGUUACGAGUCCAACGCCCUAACCACUAGGCUACCCUGCUGCCCCACAUUCAAGGUGCAUAUUUGACUCUCGACAUAUAAGUAAACUACAAUUUGACCAUGUCUGGAAAAGUGGUGUUGACUUAUUUUAAUGGAAGGGGGAGAAUGGAGUCAAUUCGAUGGCUUUUAGCAGUUGUUGGAGUUGAGUUUGAGGAAGUGAAUAUAACAAAGCGCCAGGAAUAUGUAAAACUGUUGAGUGAUGGAGCACUCAUGUUUGAGCAAGUUCCCUUGGUGGAAAUGGAUGGAAUGAAGCUGGUUCAAACCAAGGCUAUCCUGAACUACAUAGCAGGGAAAUACAAUCUCUAUGGGAAAGACUUAAAAGAACGAGUCAUGAUUGACAUGUAUGCUGAGGGUGUGCAGGACUUGAUGCAAAUGAUGAUGGCGUUGACCUUCAUGCCGCCUGACGCCAAGAAAACUAAACUGGAGGAGAUAGAGAGGAAAGCAACAAGCCGUUACCUCCCUGUGUUCGAGAAGGCGCUAAUUAGCUCCCAGUACCUGGUGGGUUAUCAGUUGAGCUGUGCUGAUGUCCUGCUACUUGAAACCACCUUGAUGUUGGAGGAGAAAUGUCCAACAAUUCUUUCCAAAUUCCCUGUUGUUAAGGCUUUUCAAGGGAGGAUGAAAAGCCUACCAGCCAUUCACAAGUUCCUGCAGCCAGGCAGCAAGAGGAAGCCUCAACCAGAUGACGUAUAUGUAAAGACUGUGUGUGAGGUGUUAGACUUCAAGCUCUGAUGCUCAUCUAUAAACAUCAAGUAAAAUUGACUUUAAAGAGUUGAAGCUAAUAUAAUACAUUAUCUAUACAUUAUUCCAUAUUGUCAUUCCAAAGUCAUAAUUUCUUGUAACAUGUUGUGGUGGAGAAAUUAUGACAUAAGCCUAUGAAUUGUUUAACCCUGGCAAAAUGAGUGUGGUGUAUUGGUUGCAAAACUGUUUUAUAACUUGUUCCCUUUGUGCUCACAAGAAGGAGUUUCCGACAAUACCCAAGAGAGAACCUUGAUUUACUUGGGUGAACGCCCAGAAAUAGCCUCUGAGAACUUUAUCAGGAGCAGGUGUCUUGUUACACAUUCUCUUUUGUACCCAAAACUCCUCGUGCUGACGAUGAAUCAUGUCUGUGUGAGUUGUGUGUGUCCUAGUAUAAAAGGUGCUUGGGGACAGUUCCCUCGUAGAGCUUCUGACCGACCUGUACUGAGUGUGCAGAAUUUGUUGUAACCUUUCCACUGGUGUCACUCUUAAUAAAGUUAAUUUACUAAUUGA